AUGGAAGAACACUAUGGUAAAUUCCUCGAGCUUUUUAAGCAACUUCAUAUAAAUUUAACUUUUGUCGAGGCACUUGCUCAAAUGCCUAAGUAUGCCAAGUUUCUGAAGGAUAUCCUAUCCAACAAAAAGAAACUUGAGGAGCUUUCGCAGGUGACCUUGAAUGAGGAGUGUUCAGCAGUUCUUCAGAACAAACUACCGAAGAAGAUGAAUGAUCCUGGGAGUUUCACUAUCCCGUGUUUGAUCGGUAGUUUGUCGGUCAGUGAUGCUUUAGCUGUUCUUGGAGCUAGCAUAAACCUCAUGCCAUACACGGUUUUUGCUAAGCUAGACUUGGGAGAGCCCAAGCCGACUCGUAUGAGCAUUCAGCUAGCCGACAGUUCAGUGAAGUAUCCUCGAGGCAUAGUUGAGAAUAUGCUGGUGAAAAUUGACAAGUUUGUCUUUCCUGUCGAUUUCGUGAUUCUGGACAUGGAUGAGGAUAAAAACGUUCCACUUAUCUUAGGUCGCCCGUUCCUAGCCACUGCGAGGGCCUUGAUUGAUGUCUGCACCGGUAGACUUACUCUUAGGGUUGAUGACGAGGAGGUUACCUUUGAUAUAGGGAAAUCCAUGCAACACUCAUAG